UGAUUUCACACACUGUACUUCAAGUGACUCUACACACUGUACUUCAAGUGACUUCACACAUUAUCAUUCACGUAAAAUAAAAUAUGAACUACGGAUCUUACUUCAGCUACAAGGAACAUCAGUGAGUGAGAGUUGUUACAAUACUCGUCACCUUACUAGAGUCUCGUGAAUAAAUACAACAUUGAGAAAGAUACAGACACACCUGACAUAACCUUUGACCUCUACACAACACCUCAUACCCAGAGAGAGAGAGAGAGAGAGAGAGAGAGAGAGAGAGAGAGAGAGAGAGAGAGACAUAAAACUUACUGUGUGACCCCGUGAGUGUUUUGUAUAAUAGUUAUGGCCGUAGUUAAUGCAAUGUGAAUGAUAGGUCAAUGAUCACAAUAGAGCAUAAAAGAACAGCUGCUUAACCCGACCUUAAUCACUUGUGUAACUUAGAACAACACUCACCACCUGGUAGGAGUCUAGUUACCUGAGGUGACCCAACGUGAGUACGGUGACCUUGAAGCUCUCGUCAAGGUUGGCUGACCCGCCGAGGCAAGCCAAGUGACACUCGCACACACACGUACCACCACCACCACCACCACCACUCCAUCAUCAUUACCACCGCUCCACCAACGCUCCACCACCGCUCCACCACCACCACCAACGCUCCACCACACCGCCAUCAGCACCUGAAGCCACGCUAUAAUUGGCAGGAAGGUGUGGUCAGAGGAGGGAGCAUUCUUGGACCUACAACAAAGGAAAUCGAGGCAACACCUGCUCUUCACUCAAGCUCAGGUUGUGGUGGCAGGUCAGACGCUCAACAUUGUGACGAGAGAAAACAAGAAAGCAGUGUCGUGAUGCCUCAUAAAGUGACGAUGACGACCACCAUCACCAACACACGUCAAGGCAACACACAAAGGCUCUCAGUGUCAGCAUAACGUAUCAUCAUCACUACCGCCACCCUCGCCACCACUAUGUUGAAUAUUAGUACAGCGGCGCCCCUCUUGGCUGCCGCCCUCACCACCCUAGCCCCACCCACCCUACAGCCGCCCAUCACCACAGAUCCAUACGGUAACUUCUCCUACUACUACAACAGCACAGAUCUGGAAGCCACCGAGGCCUCUGAACAGGAGAUAGUUGAUAUAAGCGGGUACGAGGCGUUCCUAGACAUCUCCCGGUAUGUGGUGCAGCGGGUGUUGGUGCCCAUGGUGUUGGUGGUGGGGGUGGUAGGUAACGCCGUGACCAUCGUGGUGCUCACUAGGCGACAGAUGCGUUCCUCCACCAACAACUACCUCACCGCUCUCGCCAUCUCCGACCUCCUCUACUUGGUGUUUAUCUUCUCCCUCUCCAUCCGCCACCACCCGGGGAUGAGUCGCCCACAUCAUUGGUUCUAUUGGCACUACUUCCGCUACGCUCUCUGGCUCACCGACGCCUCCAGUUCCACGUCCAUCUGGCUGACUGUCACCUUCACCAUUGAACGGUACAUCGCCGUGUGUCACCCCAUCAAGGGCAAGGUGUUCUGUACGGAGAGUCGGGCCAAGAGGGUGAUCGUGGCGGUGUUCAUCCUCUGCUUCGCCCUGACAGCGACCACCCCGCACGAGUGGGUCAUCAACGAGGUGACCGACGCCACUGGACAGGCCAGGCUAGUGAUGAACUACUCCGUCCUCGGCAGCAACGCCACCUAUAAGAAGGUGUUCUACUGGUUCACGGCAGUAAUCUUCAUCUUACUGCCUCUGGUGCUCUUGGCUGUGUUCAACUCCUUCUUAAUCCACGUGGUGAAGCUAAGCAGAGCACAGCGACGCACCAUGACCAAUCACCGCGUGGAGAGGGACAACCACUCACAGUCGCAGGAGAACAAGAUCACCAUCAUGCUUAUCGCUGUGGUGUUGCUGGCCCUCGUGUGCCAGCUGCCCGUUGCUGUCCUCCUGCUGUAUACAACAGUUUAUGUGUCAGAACCUCAUUCUAACAGUCAAUACGUCGAGCUUAGUCUGGGCAAUAUCUUCAACCUCCUGGCCGCCAUCAACGCCGCCUGUAACUUCGUGCUCUACUGCGCCAUGAGUGACAAGUACCGGCGGACCUUCCUACGCACCUUCUGCUCACGUUGGUACCGUCAGCCUUCGCCCCUACACUCCUGGAUGGCCACGGCCUACAGCAACGUGGAGGAUGGCAGUCCGCGCUUCUCUAGGAUGUCCUCCAUGCGUAUGUCACGUCGCUCAUCCUACAGGAGCAGCGGGUCGGGUAGCCCUCGAGGAAGCCCCACCCAUGGUCGUGGGUUAAGCGGGGGCCGCCCUGGGCACUACCUGACAGUGCCCAGUCCUUCUCACAACCCCACCCCCGCCCUCCUGACGCCCACCAAGACCGCUCUCCUCCACCCCGUUCCUGACGAUGUCUCACGUCCACUCCUCAAGAAGACAUCCUCGGGAAAAAACGGCAGCGACAACGGGAACGCGGGUGUGACCAGCCCCGCCGUCACCGCCUCCGCCGCAACGCUCCUCAAUGGGUCGCCCAACUCCCAGACUCCUGCCCCUUCAGCACCCCCUCCAGGAGCCGCCAGCCGCUUUGCCCGUCGUCUGUCGUCGUUGUUGCCUCAAAGAAACAAUACCAGCACCCAACUGGCUGGCAGACACAUCGUCAUCACCUGUCAACAACCUUCAGUGGAUGAGCAGACUGCUCUCUGAGAUGUCCUCCUCUAAGUUACCUAUGAGAGUACACAUAACUUAUUAGCAAAGACUGUGUUAAAGGUCUGCUGUGGUCAGUCAGACAAGCUUGACAUAAGUUUGUUACAGCACGUCAGUAAAUAUUAAUAUCUAGCUCUUGAGAACCUUAGGAGGAAGGGACGCCACAGAAGGUGAAGUGAUGUGUUGUGUUGCAAGAAUCAUCAGAGACGCCGACAGCUCCGCCAACCUUCUCAGUGGACUAAUAAUAAAAUGUCUAAGAAUAAGCUAACUGACCUGAGGUCCUCAUGUUGUGAGGGUGGUGGACAGACACUAACUGUAAACUGUAUAAAUGAAGACGUUAUUUACUAUAAUUACGAAUUAUAAACCAAGAACAUAUAAUUAUUUAGAGUGUGGCUUAUUUACGUGUUUACUCUUCCUCUUGAUAUAUGUCUCUACAAGGUGACAAUAAAAUAUAUACUUAGGUUUAUAUAGCCAUCAGUAAAGAGGUAGGAAUCAUCAGUGUGUAUAUAUACAGUAAAUGUUAAUAUUUUACCGGAUUACUUACUUAGUAAUAUGUAUCAUUAAUGUGGCCACUAGUAGCUGGUCACGUGUGGUGUCAGGACUACUAGAGGCAGUGGUUGGGCCAAAUCUUAGACCUAUUUUCCUACAUUCAGAAAGUAUUAGUCGGAUCUAUAAGUUAAUAAUGUAUAUCAUAAACUCUCUGUAAUGUUAAAGAGCUGUACAUAAUACUCUUAACCCGUGGGAGUGAACCUGGUGGAGAGCUUCCCUGAAUGUGUAUUGCGAACAUUUGGCGAGCGAGCGGCCCAGUCUUCUUAUAUUUUUCGACCCGCCGGGAGCACCGAGGGUUCAUCAUGUAUGUCUGUCUUUCCUACAAGUUGUUCAUAAAUGUAUUAUAAUAAUGAUUCACAUCUCAUGAGCUUUAGAUUAACAAAUAGAUGUGUUAGCAGGUAAUUAAGCAAGCAUGUUUAUAAUUGUAACCAACAGUUGUACACGGUCACUGUUCUAACUACCUUCUCUCGGUUACCCACUACGGUGCCCGGAAUUAGAUUAUAACUUGACUUUAAUAGCAAUACUGCAUCAUCCGCACACGCUCCCGCCACCAUGUUGUGUCCUGUACAGCCACACACUACAAUAUAUCUCCUGUAAGAGUUGUGGUCGCUGUUAUGUGUUCACUGUGGCUUGGUCUGCUUGCCGGGGAUCGAACUGGGGGAUCCAGGAGCCACCGAGCGAGUGAGUGAAGGUGCUACGUGAUUGAGACAAUAUACUUGUUUUGUUUUGUUAUAGUUAUAUAAGUGUGAUUGAUGGGGAUUUUAUCAACGCUGAGAAAGAUGUGAAGGCGAAGUAACUAACUAGUGUGUGUACAGCAGCGGAGGACAGUACUUCACACCCUCACGUGGGAAGAUAAUAUGCUUAUAUUUUUGACACAUUUUCGGCAUAUUGUCAAAAUGAUUUAUAAGUCAGCCAUAGAUCGCUUGCCAGGUAUAUACUUGCCAAUAUCCAUAUUUUUGUCUUAUAUGCACCUGUAAAUAUAAACAUAUAUAUAUAUAUGUGUGUGAGAGGUUCCUUCACUGUAGGUUAUGGUGUACCUGUAACCAUGUAUUAGUGAGCAGUAUUACGUGAGUGUUAACACGUAAACUUUAAGGUAAGCCUUGAUGCAGCUGUACCUGUAAGUGGACUGAAGCAGUGAAUGAGUCAGUGUCACGAGGAAGUGGAUGAGUCAGUAUCACUUGGAGGUGGAUGAGUCAGUGUCACUUGGAGGUGGAUGAGUCAGUGUCACUAGGAGGUGGAUGAGUCAGUGUCACUAGGAGGUGGAUGAGUCAGUGUCACUAGGAGGUGGAUGAGUCAGUGUCACUAGGAGGUGGAUGAGUCAGUGUCACUAGGAGGUGGAUGAGUCAGUGUCACUAGGAGGUGGAUGAAUAUAAAGAACAAUACUGAUAUAUAACUAAUUUAUACUUCUGGAUGGCUACGUGUGGAAACUGAGAACUGAGUCAGCUCUUAGUACAAGUAAACGAGAAUUAAUUAAAGUGAAUAAAUAUGUAAAAGCAAAUUGACGGAUGAAUUGAUGAUGCUCGGUCAUGAUUCGUCGAUAUACCAUGAGCAGGUGGGUGGGUGGGUGGUCUUGGUGGUGAUAGUGGAGACCAAGGGGGCGUCGCAAUCAUCAUGUACACUUCUUUAUUCCCGUCGUUCUUACUUCUACAUAUAGAGUUUUUAUCUUCUACAUAGAUUUAUAAUAUUAUGUAGAUGUUUAGUUUCCACAUAGAGUAAUAAUGUAGUUAAGAAGAAUAUAAGUAUUGUCAUUAUGUGUAUUAUAUGUUUAUUAUGUAAUACUAUUGUCAGCAUUAUUAUACAGUAUAUUGUCAGUACUACCAAUACCCAAGCUUAACUACCAGGCUUAACUACCAAGCUUAACUACCAGGCUUAACUACCAAGCUUAACUACCAAGCUUAACUACCAGGCUUAACGGUGAUGUAUUCUAUCGGUAAUAUAACAAAUACUCUGGCAUCAGUAGAGAAAAUAUUAUCAUUCCAAAUUACUUUGUUUUAGGAAUUUAUUUGUUUAUUUUGUGAUUAUAAGGUGUGUGUGUGUGUGUGUGUGUGUGUGUGUGUGUGUGUUUUGCAUAGUUCAUGAUGAAGUCAAGAGACGAUGAUGAAACCAAGAGGCGAUGAUGAAGCCAAGAGACGAUGAUGAAGCCAAGAGGCGAUGAUGAAGCCAAGAGGCGAUGAUGAAGCCAAGAGGCGAUGAUGAAGCCAAGAGGCGAUGAUGAAGCCAAGAGACGAUGAUGAAGCCAAGAGACGAUGAUGAAGCCAAGAGACGAUGAUGAAGCCAAGAGACGAUGAUGAAGCCAAGAGACGAUGAUGAAGCCAAGAGACGAUGAUGAAGCCAAAAGACGAUGAUGAAGCCAAAAGACGACGAUGAAGCCAAGGACAUUUAUUACGUCCCAGCUCUUCAGUAAUCCAGAAGCGAACAGGGUAUUGGAUUUAACCGGAUUUAUGGAGGAUUAGCGCCAGCGACGGUUAAUCCCAGGAUUUAAGUGACCAAAUACCUGUCAGGUGUCUCAGGGUGAUUCAGUGUAUGAAAUUCGAACAGCGGGUCAUGAAGAGAACAUAAAUUUGAACAGUGAAGGAGACGGUUUACGGUAAUUUCGAACACAUAGGAAAUGGUCUACCUUAUUUCGAACGCAGAGUCGAUUAAGUGUUAAUUCGGAAAGUUGGUGAUUCGGUUAAGCGUUGAUUCUGGACUUGAGGUGAGAAAUUGAACGGUAAAGGUGUACAAAAGGCAUUUAAUCCGGUAUUUGAUACUGUUUAUUUAUGUAUAAGUAACCGGAUUAUCCCCAUAUAUAGUCAAAUGAAGUGGCCGGAUAUAUAGAGGAAUUGAUAUCUGGUGACCGGAUAAUCCAUAUCAAAUAGUCAGAUAUACAAGGUGAUAAUGUACCGUACAACAACCGGAUUAUUCACAAUAAUCCGUAUAAAGUGACUGUACUGAUGUCUGGUGACCGGAUAAUCUAAAAAAAAAUCCUUAUACGGUCACCGGAUAAUGCCAUUAAUGGAAAGGGAUUUGGAUUAAGAAUUUCAUAAGCCUGUGACGUCAGCGUGAAACAUAUAGAGGAACUUUGUAAAUAAAUCGAUCACUCAACAGCGUCUAUUGUUCAGAAAACUUGGGGCACUUGACGCUGAGAGUUCCUAUGUGGGUGAAGAAAGUUACUGAGCGAUAACUGCUGUGAUAGUGAGUGAUACAUUAUGAGAACUGAACCAAUGAACUUAAAACAUGUUGGUGUUGGUUGGAAAUGAGUGGAGAAGUGAUGACUGAAAGUGUAUUGCUUCAGAUUAUAGUACUACGGGGAAUUUAUGAAUGAAAAUCAGUGUAUUGCGUCAGAUUAUAGUACUACGGGGAAUUUAUGAAUGAAAAUCAGUGUAUUGCGUCAGAUUAUAGUACUACGGGGAAUUUAUGAAUGAAAAUCAGUGUAUUGCGUCAGAUUAUAGUACUACGGGGAAUUUAUGAAUGAAAAUCAGUGUAUUGCGUCAGAUUAUAGUACUACGGGGAAUUUAUGAAUGAAAAUCAGUGUAUUGCGUCAGAUUAUAGUACUACGGGGAAUUUAUGAAUGAAAAUCAGUGUAUUGCGUCAGAUUAUAGUACUACGGGGAAUUUAUGAAUGAAAAUCAGUGUAUUGCGUCAGACUAUAGUACUACGGGGAAUUUAUGAAUGAAAGUCAACGUAGUAAUAGUAUAGUGCCUCAGCUGAUGUUUUUAUGAAUGAACAUCAGUAAACAAACGCAUGUGAUUACCCCUAAGAACUCAAUAGAACUGUAAGGUGCUGUUGAUGGGAGAGACGAGACAUUAGCAGAGGAGUGAAUGUCGGGCUGAAAUGUAAACAAUGAUGGUGUUGCCAGAGUUUAUUAAAUGUGUUCAAAUAUCGAUAGUGAGAAAAACAAGAGGAAGAUAAAGCAAGAAUCAGAUGAAUUGAGGAGGAAAAUGAAAAGGAAAAGAAGUGGAUGAGGUGAGACAAGAAGGAAAAUCAAGAGGAAAAGGGAAGAGAGAGAGAGAGAGAGAAAAGGAAAUAAGGUUAAUCUUACUCUUUAAACUUUUAUAUAAUAUUCAAUUACAUAAAGCUCAAUACAUACAUACAUACAUACAUAUGACUAUGUACAUAUCUCUCUGUUCAUAUUGUAGAUUUUAAGGUAUAAUACUAAUGUUUGUACUUAUUAUAAAACUUAAGUAUUCUCAAACCAUUCUCACGGAUACCAGGAGGAGUUAAAUCCCAUAUCCGAAGUCCUUUAUCCGGACUCAAAACCGAGAAUCCGGAAUAUAUACUAUACCAAGGUGACAUUUAUCUGGAUAUGAACCGGUGCUUUUACAAUAAGGUAAAUUAAACCUUAUGUUAAUGCCUCGUAAGGUUCAAAGUAAUGAGGAUGUUAUGAUGUAGUUGUUGGUUUUUUUUAACCUGUUGUCAUGUUCGUAUUGUUGUGCGUGACUCUGGCUUCAGCUUUAAGGGGGAAGGGUGACAGGGUAAUUACAGCUAGUAGUAAUAUCUAUGUGGUCUCUAGCCGCCCUCUCGAACAUUUCUUCUUAAACCUUCUUACGUAAAUAUAAAACUAAUUUUUUUUCUCUCCUCCUCCUCUUUCGUUAUUCCUUCAUUAUCAUAUUUUUUCUUUUCUUUUUGUAUUUAUCAGUUUAUUCCGUACUGUUUGUCUUCCUUGUCUUUAUGCUGUUAAUCUAUUUUUUUUAGGUUUAAUAAUAUUUUCCAGGCGUUUUCUCAAUAAGGAGUAAAUCAGUGUUUACUAACUGGUCGAACUUCGUAUCCGAAACGAAACUAACUUCACCUCAAAAACACUAACUUCACAUAAAACAUCUAACUUCACAUUAAACAUCUAACUUCACCUCAAAAACACUAACUUCACAUCAAACAUCUAACUUCACAUAAAACAUCUAACUUCACAUCAAAACACUAACUUCACAUUAAACAUAACUUCACAUUAUCAAAAGACAAUUACCACUAAACUGAACGUCCUGAAGGCAAGUCUCAGCAGCUGUUUGUGGGCCCAGCUUCCAUCAUCACCAGAGAAUUUAUUGACUUUCUCGUUUAAUCUUAGGAAUGGUUGAGAUGUGUUUGACCUUUGCUGUUCUGUCUGUCUGUCUGUUUUCUUCUCUCCAGUCCUCUUUUAAUCUCUUGUGUUUUCCUCUCUAUUUUCAUCUUCCUCGCUCUCUCUCUCUCUCUCUUUCACACGCAUUCAGUCUCUCUCUCUCUCUCCAAACACACACACACACACACACACACACACACCAUAUUAACCUCCCCACGAGAAAGAAAAAUAAAGUAACACGUUUUAAUACUAAUUCCUAAGUUGAUCUUUUUUACAACACCAUAAUUGGCAAACGCUGUACAAACUCCUCCACCAACGUCAACACUCACUCACGCAGUUGCUUGUAAGGUUCUGGUUGUUGAGAGGACGGUGCAAGCAGUGUAGUGUACUGUAGCUAAGAUGAUGAAAAUACCAGAAUUGUGUUUGGUUUUGAUUUAGAUACACCAGAAUAUUGUCAUUGAUUUUGAAUUAGAAACACCAGGAAAUUAUCAUAGACACUGAUGCAGGAAUACCAAUAUAUAACAUUUAUUUUGAAGUGAAAGUCAACAACACAUAAAAAACAAAAUAUCAACAGGUCAUAUUGUUUUAGAAUAAAUACGUCACCAGUACAUCCGAACAUAUUGGCUUUAAAUAAAACUAACAACAGUACACGUCUAGUACUGUACAUGUCAACACUACGUAACAGAGAGCAGUCAGACUACCCCAAAUGGCUAUGGACAGCUGAAAGAUGACUAAUUAAUAAUACAUCUUAAUUAAAAUAUUUUCCUACUACUUCUUAACUUGACAAUACCUACAGUUCAUCUAUAUCCAACGUACAUUAAAUUCUUCCAUUUAUAGUAACAGUAACUUCUAUGACCAAAUAUAUUUUGUCUAUCUGUGUAAUUUCAAGUCAUUUUAUACGCCAGCUGAGAGUUGUCCUGCAAUUGCACCUUAGGCUUUCAAUUGCAUGGUUAUAUCUCCUUGGUGUUUAGGUCUUACCAGAUUAUAUUAGCAGUUAUCUCCUCUCUCUCUCUCUCUCUCUCUCUCUCUCUCUCUCUCUCUCUCUCUCUCUCUCUUCCCAAGUUUCUGGAAGUUCCUCUUUUUUAUCUUAUUGUACUUUCCUUCAUUUAUCAUUUAUAUCUUGGUCCUUGUUCUCAAUUUCCUCGUUUUUAAUUUAUUUUCUAUAGUUGAAUCUUUCAUUUUUGUUUCAUUCCCUUUAUCCUUCUUCAUCUUUUACCUUAAUACCUAUAUUUUCCUGGUGUUCUUUCUCUCGAUAUUUCAUCUAUUUCUCAAUCCUUAAUUACUCUUCUAAUUACUUAUUUAUCUACAUAUUUCUCUAAUGUAUCUUCUAUUUACACAUUUCUCCUAUUUUUUCUUAUUUCUAUUUCUCACUCUUCCUUGAAUUCCUUUUUAUUUUCUCACUUCCAUCUUUAUCAAAUUACAUGCGUUAUUCACCUGUCACCUUUGCUGUGGACGGAGUUACUGUAUUUACUAGUGGUGGAUGGCAGAGGUAACUGACCCUUCAUCUCAAACAACCUGAUUCCUGAGGUUACAUCUGUUGUGAGGUGACGACACAGCAACAGUAGUGUGGGUUUUGGAUACAUUAUAGCUCUUUCAUUGGUUUGAGCUCUCGACACAGCAAAACUCUAGUGGUUUGAGCUCUCGACACAGCAAAACUCUAGUGGUUUGAGCUCUCGACACAGCAAAACUCUAGUGGUUUGAGCUCUCGACACAGCAAAACUUUAGUUGUUUGAGCACUCGGCACAGCAAAACUCUAGUGGUUUGAGCUCUCGGCACAGCAAAACUUUAGUGGCUUGAGCUCUCGGCACAGCAAAACUCUAGUGGUUUGAGCUCUCGACACUGUAAAAUCUACUACAAUGGCAAUAACCCACAAUACAUACAUACAUACAUACAUACAUACAUCAUCUCAUAAUCCAGGCAGUAUUGUGAGUUACCCGAGGCUGGUCUGUAUAUCAUGGAACACCUGUUUACCUUACGUCAGGUACACACGAUCAUCAAGUAUUCUCACUCAUUCACCAGGUAUAAAGUAUGAUGUCGUAAGGUCACAGCACAGGUGAUUUUCUACUUUGUCGUGAGUUGAGAACACUGGGUGACUUGUUGUUGUGUGAUUAGCUUAGAACACUUUAGACUUGCUGUUUUCUUAGCUUCCAUACUGGUGAGGUUUGGUGUGUCUCAAGCUCACAGCAAUAAUGUUGGAUUAUUUGAUCAGGAUGCUGGAAGAACUGUGUCAUCACGUUAACCUAACCUAACCUAACCUAACCUGACCUGACCUGACCUGACCUGACCUGACCUGUAGACGAGAGGAGCUUAACGACACCACCAUGCCAUAGUAUCAGAGGAUGUGUGCUGUGUCGUCUGCUCACAGGGUUAUGAUGUCACUGUGCUGUGUCGUCUGCUCACAGCACCGUCGUAUAUGUUUGAGAACAGGGCUACUGAACCUCAUCUUCGCCAUGGGUCCAUAUUUUUUUUUUUUUUUUUUACAUUUCUGGGUUUACAAUCAGUUGUGGGGAGUGUGUGUGGGUGUGGUUGGCAGAACACACCCGCCCGCGUCAUCACACAUGUGUACAUUCCCACCAUCACCAACACCAACACCAACACCACCAUCACCACACCACCGCCAAUAUCUCCCUCCCUCCCUCCCUUCCUCCCACACUUCCAACACUCACACACACUCCCUCUCUAGCUAGUGAUCCUGUGUUUGUCAUAAGAAAAUGAGCCUUAAUUAUACAUUGUUUUAAGGUUCAAAAUGACUAUGUCGUCGCAAUAUACAUUCUCAGUAAGA